AUGACUUUGACCGAAGGCACGGAUCUGGCCAGAUGGACGUCCUCGACUUCAGGCGCCACUUCAGGCACCGUCGUGAUCGAUUGCCCACUAACAAACACACCCGUGACAUGCAACCAGAAUGCUCACGAUGGUGGACAAGUUCGGCAGACCCAAGCAACGGUCGCUGCGAGCGAUAUCUCGUACCAAGCAGUUGAUGUUACCGCUACCAGAAAGGACAAGAAGGACAAGAAGACGACCGAGAAGAACGCCAAGCAGACUGUCAAAGAGACGACGACGGUCACGCCUACGCCCACGAGUGAGGGCGGAGCCGCAGAGAUGACUGGCAGGUCGUGGGUUGGUGCGGUUGGUGCGGUGGGCGCUGGGGUUGUUGCGUUGGCUGCGCUUUAA